UAUAUACAUAUUAGUAUUUAUAAAAACUUAUUAUAUUUGUUUAUUUUUAUAUUUACAUAAUGUUUACAAAAAGAAUUAAAAAAUUUACGCUCUCACAACGGUCCGCAACCGCAAACGCUAUAUCGAGAAUCAGCUAUUAAUUUUGAGGUUUGAAGCGGUGUAAAGCUGUUUGUAGCGGUUUGUAUGAUUUUUAUAAAACGCCGACAACCGCUAUUAAUCGCAAAAGCUAUGUUUGCAUGUGGUAGGGGAAGAAAACCAGUCAGUUCUGAGUUUUUUUUUGGUAAAAUAAUGUUCUGAUUUUAGAGAUGAAUAUGGUACAAGUAAUUAAUGAAAGGUACUAAGAUAACUACAUAAACAAUUUAUAGUGAACGUGGCACGUAAUUUGCAAUAUGCAUACGUGAACUACUUCCGAAGCCACGAAAACUAAACAUAAGUUCUGAUCAAUAAUAAUAAUAAAACUAAUUAUUCAAAUCCACCUAACCAUACCCACCAUGUCCAUACGAGAUCUCCAAUACUCCAACUCCUCUAUAAAUUGCUAUGAAAUAUCUCUUUUCCAACUUACACCCAAAACAAGAAAAAACAACGAAGGCAACAAAGAAGAAAACACAACCCUCUUCUGGCUAGACUCUUUCUUUAAUUUCUCCCAUUUUCUUUGAACAAAAGAUCAAUGGCCCCCAAUGAAGACGGCUCUAUCGGGAGCUCCUUGCAUGGAGUCAGGGCAAGGGAACAAGUCUUCUCCUUAUCCGUUGAAGAUGGCCCUUCGUCUCAAGCCAUCCGAUCAGAUGAUCCCACGGCUAAGUUCGCCAUCCCGGUUGACUCAGAACACAGAGCAAAAGUGUUCAAACCACUCUCCUUCGCCAAACCACACAUGCGAGCCUUCCAUUUAGGAUGGAUCUCUUUCUUCACUUGCUUCAUCUCCACCUUCGCGGCCGCACCUCUAGUCCCCGUAAUCCGCGACAACCUCGACCUGAAUAAAACUGAUAUAGGAAACGCCGGAGUCGCGUCCGUCUCUGGCGCCAUUUUCUCAAGACUCGCUAUGGGUGCCGUAUGUGACCUUCUAGGGGCACGUUACGGCACAGCUUUCUCUCUUCUGCUCUCGGCUCCAGCUGUUUUCUUCAUGUCUUUCGUAUCUGAUGCGGGAAGCUACUUAGCCGUGCGCUUCAUGAUUGGUUUUUGCUUAGCGACAUUCGUGUCAUGCCAGUACUGGACUAGCGUUAUGUUUAAUGGAAAAAUUAUCGGACUCGUUAACGGAUGUGCCGGAGGUUGGGGAGAUAUGGGAGGAGGCGUGACUCAGCUACUCAUGCCAAUGGUGUACCACGUCAUCAAACUCACCGGAGCCACUCCUUUCACGGCGUGGAGGUUCGCCUUCUUCAUCCCCGGAUUUCUUCAGAUCAUUAUGGGCAUUCUGGUCCUCACUCUCGGCCAAGAUCUCCCUGAUGGUAACCUCAGUACCCUCCAAAAGAGUGGUCAAGUUUCCAAAGACAAAUUCUCCAAGGUAUUCUGGUUCGCUGUGAAGAACUAUAGAACAUGGAUCUUAUUCGUUCUUUACGGAUUCUCUAUGGGAGUUGAAUUAACCAUCAACAAUGUUAUCUCUGAAUACUUCUACGAUAGGUUUCACCUAACGCUUCACACAGCCGGUAUAAUAGCAGCCAGCUUUGGUAUGGCAAACUUCUUCGCCCGUCCCUUCGGGGGCUACGCCUCAGAUGUAGCUGCACGCCUCUUUGGCAUGAGGGGACGGCUAUGGACCUUGUGGAUCUUACAAACCGUUGGAGCUCUGUUCUGCAUCUGGCUCGGUCGUGCUAGUUCACUCCCUAUAGCUAUCUUAGCCAUGAUGCUCUUUUCCAUCGGCACACAAGCCGCUUGUGGAGCCCUCUUCGGUGUGGCACCAUUUGUUUCCCGACGUUCUCUUGGGCUUAUCUCAGGACUAACUGGCGCUGGAGGAAAUUUUGGGUCAGGAGUUACUCAACUUCUUUUCUUCUCCUCGUCAAGGUUUAGUACAGCUGAAGGACUUUCAUUGAUGGGUGUUAUGGCGGUUGUGUGUACUCUUCCGGUUGCAUUUAUACAUUUCCCGCAGUGGGGAAGCAUGUUCUUGAGGCCAUCGCAACACGAAGAAAGAUCUAAGGAGGAACAUUAUUAUGGAGGGGAAUGGACAAAGGAAGAGAAGAGCUUAGGACUACACGAGGGAAGUAUCAAAUUCGCUGAAAACAGCCGGUCAGAGAGAGGCCGGAAGGCUAUGUUGGCUGAUAUUCCAACACCGGUGACUGGAACUCCAGCUCAUGUCUAGUGAAAGAUAAACACAAUAAAAUCUUUUUCCACAUAUAAAUAAUCCUUAAAGAUAGCUUUUUUUUAAAGAUAGCUUUAUGUUUUCUUGUUUUAUGUUUCCUCUUAUGAGAGAUGUGCCGAGUAAGAUCCUGGCUUGAUAAGUGAGGUUCAGUGAGCCCGGUGCUCGUGAUGUAAAAUGUUGUUCUAUAUGAAUGGCUUCUCCAUCAGUUUUCUC